AUGCCACUCCAUUCCUAAAAGCUUGCAAGGGUUUAGGGUUUGCAAAUAUAAGUCACACGAUCCUCCAUUGCUGCGGUCGUCCUUGCUGUUCUCCGCUCACUCUGCUCUCUUGAGGAUACGGCGCCCGAACCAUGGUUCACGUCAGUUUUUACAGAAACUAUGGGAAGACUUUCAAGAAGCCGAGGCGCCCAUAUGAGAAGGAACGGUUGGACGCAGAGCUGAAACUUGUUGGAGAGUAUGGGCUCCGUGCUAAGAGGGAGCUAUGGAGGGUUCAAUAUGCCCUGAGCCGCAUUCGUAAUGCUGCAAGAAUGCUUCUCACCCUGGACGAGAAGAACCCACGCCGAAUUUUUGAAGGUGAAGCCCUUCUCCGCAGGAUGAACAGGUAUGGUCUUCUGGAGGAGAACCAGAACAAGCUUGAUUAUGUCCUGGCCCUCACUGUUGAGAACUUCCUUGAGCGUCGGCUCCAGACCCUCGUGUUCAAGGCUGGCAUGGCAAAGUCUAUUCACCAUGCUCGUGUGCUCAUCAAGCAGAGGCACAUUAGGGUUGGAAGGCAGGUUGUUAACAUUCCAUCUUUUAUGGUGAGGGUUGACUCCCAGAAACACAUUGAUUUUUCUCUCACAAGUCCACUUGGAGGUGGCCGUCCUGGAAGAGUGAAGAGAAAGAAUCAAAAGGCUGCUGCCAAGAAGGCUACUGGUGGAGAUGGUGAUGAAGAGGAUGAGGAAUGAACACUCGAACAGCAGGCGAGUAAAAAUUCUUGUGAACUGAAUUUUCUUAAGCAUCUUUCUUGGUGUCACUCACACUAGUGGAUGCUUGGUAUGUGUUUUUUUGGGUAAUUGUUGAAUCCGAACUAGAACAAGAUUUUGUUUACUAACGUAAGAGCGAACUUUUGGUGUUGCCUCAGA